CUUCCCCCCAAAGAAUAUCUUCUCUUCUCUCUCCUCUUCUCCCCUUCUUCUUCACCUUUUCCCUUCGCUAUUUCUCUACCAGUCAAUCCUCUUCUUCUCCUCUUCCUUCACACAUGAAAACAUUCUUCUCCGGAACAAGAACACGCAAGAAAUUUGUUGAAUCGAGCUUGCGUAUGGAGGCUUGGUUCUUGCCAGUGAAGCCGUCAAGGGUAUUGGUAUUAAGGAAAGGUAUUACCUUGUGCUGAGACAGAAGCUUUGAGGGUUCUUUGUUGCAGAAACAGGUUGUGAUUCUGUUUCGUUAAAUUUGCUGUGAAUUUUUUAUUUUAGAGCUUUUGAUUACUAUCUGGGGCAUGGAGUUUGGAGGUAUGGAUCUAUAUUUUUCUAUCUUAUCCUCUUUGAAAAAUAAUUAUGUUUUUAUUAUCAAAUCUAAAUUAUGUUUAGUCCGUUAACAAUGAUGUUGGAAAAACACCAGGUAUGGGGUAUUUUGUCUCUCAGAAUCAUGAUUUUGGAAAAAAGUGCCGACUUAACUGAUAUAUAAGGUUGUGUUUGCAGAUCUUGAUAGGUGAAGGUGCUAACAUACGGAGAAUCCAGAAUUCACUUGAGGUCGUGUGGUCCUGUUAAUUCCUCACCAUGUUGUUUUUUGGAUGUGGUUGAUAUAAGCUGGUCCAAUGAAUAAUAAUGGGAAAAGAGGUUCGGGAGAACAAAAAUACGCUUUUUGAAAAGAAGAGUCGAACUAAUGGAGUAGUUAAUGGAGGGCUAGGCUCUGGAUCAUCAACUGAAGAUAACACAAUACUUAAUAAGGUGACUGCAGCUGGAAACAAUGGCUUGAGAGGACGGAUUCAAAUCCAAGAGAGUUUGCAGGUUUCACAACCACCUCAAGGUCCAGCAGACACAUGCUGGGGGAGAUUUCUCCCUGUAAGAUCGAUAAAAGUUCUGCUGGUGGAAGAUGAUGAUUCAACACGCCAUGUUGUACAUGCUCUGUUGCGGAAUUGUAGUUAUGAAGUCACUGCUGUUUCCAAUGGUCUUCAAGCGUGGAAAAUCCUAGUAGAUCCAGAAAGUCACAUUGACCUUGUCCUAACGGAGGUAGCUAUGCCUGUUUUAUCUGGAAUAGGUCUUUUGUGCAAGAUCAUGAGCCACCAAAGUCUAAAGAAUAUCCCCGUGAUCAUGAUGUCCUCUCAUGAUUCUAUGGGUAUAGUCUUUAAUUGUUUGUCAAAGGGCGCAGUUGAUUUUUUAGUGAAACCUGUUCGGAGAAAUGAACUUAAAAUCCUGUGGCAGCAUGUUUGGAGAAGAUGCCACAGUUCUAGUGGUAGUGCGAAUGAAAGUGGGACACAGCCCAGAAAAUUUGCAAAGUCAAGAAGUGAUGAUGCAUCUGAAAACAAUAGUGAUAGCAGUGAUGACAAUGACUAUGGAAGCAGAGGUUUAAGUGUUCAAGAUGGAAGUGACAAUGGAAGUGGCACUCAGAGUUCAUGGACUAAAUGUCUAGCUCAAGUUGGCAGUCCUCGUCCAGUUUCACCUCAUAAACAACCGGUUGAUGCCCCUGAUAGUACAUGUGCCCAAGUGACGCAUACAAAACCUGAAAAAGAGAGCCAUGAACUGAUUGAUCAUCUUGAUGACGUUGCAAUGGGUAAAGACUUGGCUAUGGGAAUAUCUUUGAAUAUGCAACAAAAGCAUCCGCUUGAGGGUCUGUCAAGCAAUCCAACCGGUAAAGGGAUAAAUAAGAUGUCUGAUAUAGAUGGUUUGCAGAUGAAUAAAGGACAAAGUAAUGUCUGUAAAAAGGGACAACCAGAAUACAACUGUGAUCAAACCAGGGCGCAGGAAAAUCAGGCUAUGAAUGUUGUUGAUGUUACUGAUAGCAACAGCCCCCAGGGUGAAAGUAGAGAUUUGAACACUCCAAAUGGGUUUUCUGGUUUCUCACAAAGAAAAGCAAGUUCUUGUUUCCAACAACACCCAUCCCUUGAACUGACUUUGAAAAGGCUAGGUGAAGUAAGAGAUGUUAAAAGUGUAUCAGGUGAUGAAUGCAGUGUUUUGAGGCAUUCAGAUCUGUCAGCAUUCUCAAAAUAUAACACUGCUUCUUCUGCUAAUCAGGCUCAAACUGGAAAUGGAGAAAGCUGUUCCCCACUAGACAACAGCUUUACACCGAAUGCAGACACAAUACACAACUUUCCAUCUCAUUUAAGGGGCACUCCUCCAAAUCAACAGUUUAAUGGGAGCAACAAUAGCAAUGACAUAACCUCCAUGAAUACAUAUCUUGGCACCAAACCUGAAGAAUUUGACAAGAAGCCAGAGUACACAAUUGGGAUUGGCUCGUUUAAUUCUUCUGAACUCCAAACUGUGCAGAACAAUGGUAUCUCUUCAUCUCAGAAGAAAACUUCUGCUGCCAGGGAAGAAUAUGCAGAAAUGGCUAAAGGACAAGUGCGGGGCUCUGAACAAGGAUUCCAAGUCGAGCACACUCGCCAUCAGCAUCACCAUUAUAAUCACAUUGCCCACCAAGCUGCUAAAGAUCUUCGACCAGACCAUGAUCUCUCAGUGAAAAGCUCGACCAAAGCUGCUCAGCAAUGUAUAUCAUCAAAUGUGCGUGGACCAGCAGAAACUAACGCUUUUGAUGGAAAUGCUAAUGAGAGUGAUCAUGGGAGUAACGGACAGGAGGGAAGCAAUACCUUGACAACCAAAACGAUAAAUUUGGAAAACAACCAUGUGAUAGCUGCAAGCUUUGAAGUUGAAGUUGGUGUCGUUGAUAGGAAAAACACCAUGAAUGUGGCAGAUGAAGAACGAACUGCGUUGAGGGAAGCUGCCUUGGCAAAAUUUCGACUAAAGAGAAAAGAAAGAUGCUUUGAGAAGAAGGUUCGAUAUCACAGCAGAAAAAAACUGGCAGAGCAGCGGCCACGUAUAAGGGGACAAUUUGUACGACGAACUGUGUCUGAUACCACAGAAGAAAAAGAUAAACAAAACGAAAACUUGGUGUCUAUGGAUAAUUCUAGCGAUGUUCCGCAAUAACACUGGUUAAAAUGCUGAUUGCUAUUUAACUGAUUUCUUCCAGUAACUGCUUCGAGCUUCUUGCUAUCUGAGUUUUGCACGUUCACUUGGGAAGAUGCUUGAAGGCUGUGAACUUAAAUUGCCCACAGGUUGACCUAUGAUGAAAUAAGUUUGUCAUGUUAGCAGGGGCGGAGCCACCGGGGUGGCUUACCGGUGCUCCGCACCCCCGUGAAUUUUAAUUUUUCUUAGCGAUACUAUGUAAAUUUUUUUUCUAGCACCCCCGUAAACGAUAAUAUAAAAUAAAAGUCAGUAUGAAUCAUAAAUAACAUGGUGGUCCAGUGGCAAGCGUUAUUGCCUUUAGUCUA